AUGAGUUUUCAAUUACCAACCACAACAGCGGCCACAACUGGAGGAUUUUCGUUUGGUGCCAACACUGCCGCUGCACAACCAGCAAAACCAAGUUUUAGUUUUGGCGCGACUGGUGGUGGUGAUGCUGGAGCUGCAAAACCAUUAAGUUUCGGCUUUGGUGGGGCAGCUGCCACCACAACAGCAGCAACAAGCGCCGCUCCAGCCACUGCAACACCAUCAUUGGGUGGUUUAGGAGGUGGUACCAGUUUUGGCUUUGGUACUCCACCAGCUGCAUCUGCAACUACAACGGCGGCCACUCCAAGCCUUGGCACUGGGGGUUUUGGUGGCUUUGGAGCGGCACCAGCUGCUGCCGCAACAACCACAUCGGCUGCAUCUACAACAACGGCGGCAGCAACACAACCCGCCGCAGCUGCACCUUUAACAAGUGGCUUCUCAUUUGGAGCUCCAACGGCAGCCGCAACCACGACACAGUCGUCCAGUACCACAGGAACCGGCCUGACAGCAGCCGCAGCAACAACAGCUGCAACGGCCACCGUGACCUCUAAACCACCAGCAACCGGAGGCUUUGCCAGUCUAACUACCGCCACAAAAACCACAGAUUCCUCGGCAGUCGCCAAUGCCUCACAGCUAACCUACAAUCAAUUGGAAGAACACAUCAAUAAAUGGACCCUAGAAUUGGAAGAACAAGAAAAAGUCUUUACCGAUCAGGCGACACAAAUCAAUGCCUGGGAUAAGGUUCUCAUCAGCAACAAUCAAAAGAUUUUGGAUCUAAAUGAUGCAGUACAAAAGGUAAAAGCCGAUCAGCAGACCUUAGAACAAGAAUUGGAAUUUAUUGCAACACAACACAAGGAAUUGGAAGAAAGUAUUGUACCGUUGCAAAAGGAAUUCAUGAAAAUACCACAAGUUGAUGUUGAAAGAUCACAGACUUACCUGAUGGUAGAAAAUCUAGAUACCCAACUGAAGCAAAUGUCUGAAGAUCUCAAAGAGAUUAUUGAUAAUUUGAAUGAAUCCAAUAAGUGUCAGGAUAAUACAGAUCCCAUUAUACAGAUUGGUAAAAUUCUAAAUGCCCAUAUGAGUUCUCUGCAAUGGAUCGAACAGAGUACAUCGAACAUUGGCAACAAACUGGAAGAUAUUACAAAAAUGCACGAGACAUUUAAACGAGAUUCAGAGAGGUCAUUCCGUUCAGCUUAUUAUAAUUAG